AUAACAAGGAACGUUGCUAUAAUAAUUCAAUUGUAUCACGUGAUGUGUUUACAUCCCGCCCAGUCGCCCACCGCAAGCAGUAACAACUAUAACUUUUAUAACAAACAAGGCGACGACAACAAUAGAUACUGUUUCAACAUGGCCAGCUUUGGCGCCAUUUCUAUUUUGUAUGGAAGAACUUUAAAUAUUGGUGAUCUUGGCGAAGUUAUUGCAUUACUAGAGAGGCAUAAUUACAGCAAAGCAUCGUAUAAUCGACUUGGCCUACGUCUUAAAAUAUCUCAAAAUACACUAGAGAAAAUAAAGAAAGAUUAUGGAGAAGUAGAUCGUUGUUUUACAGAGUGUUUGGCUAGCUGGUUGCGUAAAGCUGAUAGCGUGAAGAAUCCAACAAUAGGUACACUGAUAGCUGCCCUUAGAGGAAUAAGAGAGAAUGCUGUAGCUGAUGGUAUUGAUAGAGAAAGACAAAACAGAUUAUCAGUCACACCCCUAAUAUUGCAUUCCAGUGUAGACCUACAGAUUGAUGAACCCAUAGAAAAGCCUGCAAAAAAAAUGAAAGUUGAUACAAGUUCUUCAUUUAUGCAGUCAAAGACUGCAUCAAUUAAAAAAGCCAUUCCUACCACAAGUACUACUGUGGUACAUGCAUGUGACAAAGAUAUAGCUAUUGCUACAAGAUCUCAUGUGACACCUGGAUUUGAGACUAAAGUAUGUGAGGUUAAUAUGGCUGAGUGCAAUGAAAGUAAAGAAGCUACUCUUUUUAAAAGAUAUUCAUCAGAUUUCAAGAGAGCAAUGAUAAAUCCUGUUGAAGUAGCUGGUGUUCUUUACUCCAAUAGUAUUAUAGAUGAGACUACUCGUAAUAGGAUUACUCAGCGUCAUCAUGGUUCUGACUUGGUAGAUGCUGUUGAAGCUUACGUAAUUAGUCUACCAAAGAAAAGCAAAAGGCUUGUACAAAAGUUUGAAGGAGUUUUAAAUAUCUUAAAGCAGUACAUUCCUUUAAAUUCUAUUGUAGAAUCUCUUGAGAUUGAUUAUUAUGGCAGAAAAGCUGUAGUUCAAACAAGUGAUCCUCAGUAUCAUCAUAAAGAUAAAAGUGGUAAUUUGCUUUCAUCAGAGCUAAUGAAGCAUAGCAUGCCUCCAAGUGACAAGAAAGGAAAACAUCGCACUGAAUCUAUUUUAGAAGGUGGUCUACCAGAUUCACUACAACAAAAUGUUGAGGCUUCUGAAGUACAUUCACAGCCACAGGAUAUUAAAACAUCUACUCCUUCAGCAAAAAGUUCCAUGAAAGACACCAUUGAUAAGUGUGAUGUUGAUUAUUCAUCUGAUCCUCAUAUAAAGCAGUUGGAAAAUGCUCUUCAAGUUUAUGCAUCUGAUCUCAGUGAUUCUGGGCUUGAUACUCAAGCAACUCUUGAUCGCAUCAAAGCACGCAUUGAAAGUCAUAUCAAAAAGAAAUUGGAAGACGGUUUAUCUAAGGACACAUUGACCAAGCAAUUACAUGACCUUACAAUGAAUGCUCUCAUUCCAAUGGAUAUCAAUGACUGGUGCUAUGAUAGACUGGAUGAGCUUUACAAAGAGCACGAUGAAAAGAUGUCCAACUCAAAGGAUUCGUUUAAUUUAUCUAGUGAUGAUCUUUGUGAAGAAGUGCCACCAAUUUUUUCUGCUGAUGUGGUUUACCAUGCUAGUCUUUGUAAUUUAGUUAUUUCUGAAGCUAGCAAUUUUUUAAGUAUGAAAGUCCACUUGUCACAGUUUGGUCAUUCUUUCAACGAAGCAUCUCUAUCUAUUGAUAAGAAUAUUUUAAUUGCUCUUCAAGAAAAUAUUAUCUACAUUGCAUUUAGAGGUAUUGUGGAUUUUCCAUUACGUUAUUUUUGUGAGUUGUUGCAUAUGAACAAAAGAGUAGUAUUUACAGGAUUUUUACAUGGAAUUCUGCCAGCUGUGUCAUUUUUAGUACAGCUUUGGAAUUUACCUUACUUCAGUGCUAAGAUUUUAGUUCAAAAUGUUACCUGCAUUUUAUUUGGAUUGCAGGGCUUAGAAAGUCACAUUUUUGCACAUCUUGAAAAUGGAGUUCAUGAUUCCCCAGAUAUUUUAAAAUCAUUUCAUUUAUUUUUAUUACACAAUGAGUUGAAGACAUCAUUCUAUGGAGAAAGAUUUUAUCAUCUUGAGAAAUAUAAGGAAAUAGUGUACUUGAUUCAGCAAACACACAAUGGAUUGAAAUAUAUUAAAGCACCAAGUUUAGAAACCUUAAGAUAUAUUCCAUUUGGUAUAGCUCCAAAGCCUGAAUUAUUUGACAUGCAAGUGUAUCACCAACAUGUGCUUCGGGGCUAUCUUGAUAAAGAGCAGUACUGCAUUCCAUCCCGUAAAUCAUUAGCUGGCUCUGUCAAAUCACUGAUGCCAUCCAUUUUGAAAAUUGAACUUUAUCAACACAAGCAUCCAGGUGGAAAUGAGCUAUCAAUUGUAAUCAAUGGUGAUAAUCUUUGGUUCUGUUCUGAUAUUGAAGUUAAUUUUUCUAAUUUUCAUGUUAAAAUUAAAACAUCUGUUGAGAGCCUUGCUCAGAAACAGAUAUGUUAUAAUCAGCUUCUUGAUCGUGACAGGUUUUUACCUGUAGAUAGAAACAAGAAUUGUCUAAUCAAAGUCCAUAGCAGAUUUUCAAAUCCUCUCAAAAGUGAUGUUCCAAUAAUUUACAAUGAGCCAGAUUUAAUUUCAUUUCGUCCAAGUCAACUUGCCAAGCAGACACCAAGCCAGAUCAUACAAUUAUCAUUCCUCAGUGCUCUACUUGAGCAAUCUCCUUCUGUUCGUUCUGGUAGACCAACCAAAAGGUUCAAGCAAAUAAUUAAAUUUCUACAGGAAGCCUCUACUAUUGUCCCCAUGGAAAGUGCAAUUUUUUCUGUAGCUAGUUGCGCCGAUAGUCCAAGUUCUUCUGCCAAGAUUAUUCAAGCUGUUGUUAAUGCUGCUCAUUUAUCUUCAAUUCCUGUCUCAAAAAUGAUGAUCUCUGGAUCCAGAGAAGUAUUUAAUAAGCCUAGGUGGGCAAGAUAUCUUUAUGAACAACCAAGCAUGCACAUCCCUAGGCCUGUGUAUAACCAACCUAUAAUGUAUAACCAUUUUUAUGGUUUAGAAAGUCCGUCGUAUUAUACUAUUCCUGGGUCUCCUCUUUACUCCUUUGAACAAGAAAAAAUACAUGAAAAUCUGAGAUCUUCACAGACUAGUGCCAUCAUACCAUAUGCAGUGCAUGAUAGUAGCUUUUCAGUUUCUUUACAGCCUCAUGAGUGUCAGUUUUCUUAUUUUGAACGUUUUCAAAAAAUAUUAUACGAAAUCCAAAGAAGAUCACAUCUUUCAACUCAUUUCAAAUUAAUUUGUGGAAGAAACAUUGGUGAAUUAUAUCCAAUAUCCAAAGCUGUUUCUUCUCUUUCAAAUUCUGAUGCUCUGACACCAUUAUCACAAGUUCUACAAAAUGCCAGAACACGCCUUACAAAUCUUUCCAGUUCACAUCAGGCGGCAAGUCUGGGUGGUAUUGCAGAACUAAAUAGUAGCAUGCUUGGUGAAGUUAACAAAAUUGUACAUGAAUAUCUAACUCCCUGUGUCACAAUGUUAGGGGGUUUUAUGGAACAACAAAUUAAAGUUCCUUUAGUUAAUAAUCCUCUCGACACUGCAAAAGCUCUUAGGAUGGCAGAAAAUUCAGGUGCAAUUGGCGUGUGGGCAUUGUUUUCUCUUAAUAGUAGCGACAUUAAAUACAUAUUGUCAUCAAGAAAAAAUGAAACACUUGUGAUUCAAAUUGCUAAGUUUAUUGAAGGUACAUUUAGUGAAAACAUUGCCAGAAAACGACAUGAUGUUGAACCAACAAGUUACGAUGCAAAGCUACAGUUUCUACUAGAGUUAGGACUAAAUAGAGCAAUCACAUGCAGCAAUGAUUACAUCAGCUAUUCACUGGAGAGAGAAUUGGUCAGUAUUUGCAAAGAGCAGGGAAUUUCCACUUCAACAAGUGUUAGCUCUGUCAUUCGUAACUGGAGUACUCGAUUUAAGGACACUGGCCUUGUUCUUGUGCCUCAUGCUUACCGUCCUCUUCUAGCUCGCUGGUUGAUUUGGUCCUUAAACAUUCAUCAAUUGCGAGAAGGUUUAGCUAGCUAUACUACUGUUGGUGUUAUUGGACUUGUUAAUUCUGGGAAAUCAACUCUUGUUAACAAAGUUUUUAAAGUUGAGACUAUUCAAGGCACAAGUCAAGCAGCUCGUACUACAGUUCCAUUUAUAUAUAAUUUGGAUUCGUCAGUUGAGGGACUAAGUGUUAUUGACUUCCCUGGAGUUGAUGAUAGAGAUGAGUCUAUUGGUGGUCUGGCUAAGUUACUUGUGGGCCUUGCACAAAUUGUUAUCUUUGUUUGUGGAUACGAGAGGUUUCAUACUAGCUCUGCUAUGGACUGGAUGAAGAUUUUUUUAAAAGAUUUUGCUGAUACUCCAAUUCUUGUUUGCCUGACCCAUGCUGACAGACUCUAUGAAAAUAAUUGUGAGAAAGACAUGAUUCCAGAAUGUCCAAGGAGUAAGAUUCCAGGACUGAGAAUUCAGUUUGAAGAUGAAUUGCAGAAAAUUAUUGGUGACACUGAAAGAACAGAAAAGUGUUUUAUCAAAUUUUGCUCCUUAACACAAACCAGACAUUCUCCAUUAAAUGAUGACAGAGGCCGUCAGUCAAUGAGAAAAGUUGGUAUAUUCACUCCAGAAGACAUUGGAGAGUGGGUCAAAAAUGCACUGAUACGUGACAUACAACAAGAAGAACUAGCUGAUAAAUUUUCAAAAUCGUUAAAUAAAUUUUAGUUAAUUAUUAUUAAAAUUUUAAUUAUUAUUC